CUUCCCACUCACUCUUUUUCUCUCAAAAUCUCACCCUACUAUAGUAUUAAAUUAUGCAUGUUCAAAGAUUCUUAAUAAACCAAAUAGGAAGUCGAGAAGAUUAUUUGAGGACGGAUGGAGUUAUACAGGAAUAUAAGUAUUUAAAAUAAUCUCACUUAUAUUAAACAAAAGGAGGAUAUUUUUUCAUAUACUUGUACAUUGCUUUAAAAAUAGUGGCUUCUGUUGUCUGAUAACAGCAAUAAGGGUCUUCAGAUGGCUUCUGCUUCUGCUUCUGUUGCCCUGUUUUUUUUUCUCUUAAAGUUUGUACAAAAUCUCUCAGCUGAAGAACAAAAGAGGCAUGUCUGCCCAACUACCUUUCAGUGUGGAACAUUUGGUACCUUCGGUUACCCCCUCACGACCGCCUUCAACCCGGGCUGUGGGAUUUGUGUGAUCAACUGUACUGAUACGACUCCGACGAUUGGUUUGUCACCCACAGGACCUUGGUAUGAAAUUAUGAAAACCUUUUCAAAUAACAGGAGUUUCCUUGUCAGUGAUGCGCUCCUCAAAUAUGUCGUGAACUCUGACACUUGUGAUGCCUUUGAAGGCAAAACCAUUAGCCUUCCGAAAUCUACUGCUGUCAUCGUUACAAACUUGUUUUUUGAAACAUUGUGGAAGUGCAGGAGGAACUUCAAUAUGAGUAGCAAUGGAAAUUUUCGUCGUAUACUUGGCUGUCAAAAUUACAGUAUUUAUCAUAGUAAUAACUCAAAAGAUGGCAGCAGAUUUGCCAACUGCAGCUCUUUUCAGUAUCCGAUAUUUCUGAUAGUAGAAUUGUCUGAUAAAUGUUCACACUGUGUUAGUGAAGGAGGCUAUUGUCAGGAAACCAUACCUGACAAAUUUCAGUGCAUCAACAAACGAAAAGAAAGGAGCAGAUUCAGACUACUUUUGGGAUUAGGCAUUUCAGGAGGAAUCAUUGUCAUUAUAAUAUUUGGGCUGCUAUUCUGGUGUCGUAAGAAAAUAAAACUCAGAUCACUGGAAUUGACUUCAGGGAACAAUUCUAAGCAAACCAUGAGAAUGAAAACGAACCUUGAGGGGAGCAAGGUGUAUUUUACUGUACCAGUCUUCUCUUACAGCGAGCUUGAAGAAGCGACAAAAAAUUUUGAUCCAAGUAAUGAGCUUGGAGAUGGAGGCUUUGGAACUGUUUAUUACGGAAAACUUAAAGACAGGAGGGAAGUUGCUGUGAAACGCUUAUAUGACAGAAACUGCAGACAGCUCGAACUGUAUAUGAAUGAGAUUGAAAUCCUUGCCUGCCUGCGCCAUCAGAAUCUAGUAACCCUUUAUGGCUGCACUUCACGGAGAAGCAGAGAACUCCUACUUGUAUAUGAAUAUGUUCCCAAUGGUACAGUGGCUGAUCACUUAGUUGGUGACCAAGCAAUGUGUGGAACCCUCAUUUGGCCUGUCCGAAUGAGGAUUGCCAUAGAAAUAGCUACAGCAUUGUCGUACCUCCAUGCCUCAGAUGUCAUUCACCGGGAUGUUAAAACUCAAAAUAUUUUGUUGGACAACAACUUUAGUGUAAAGGUAGCAGAUUUUGGGUUAUCAAGACUUUUUCCAAUGGAUGUUACUCAUAUAUCAACUGCUCCACAAGGCACUCCUGGGUAUCUUGAUCCCGAAUACCAUCAAUGUUACCAGCUGACUGAUAAGAGUGAUGUAUAUAGCUUUGGUGUUGUUCUUGUCGAGCUCAUUUCAUCAAUGCCAGCGGUUGAUUUAACUAGGAAAGAAGAUGAAAUCAACUUGUCUUAUUAUGCAAUGAAGAGAAUUCAAUGUUGUGCAUUUGAUGAUUUAGUAGACAAACGGCUAGGAUUUGACUCAAAUUACAAGGUGAAGAGGAUGAUUACCUUGGUGGCAGAGCUUGCUUUUCAGUGUCUGCAACACAAGAAAGAAUUCAGGCCCUCCAUGGAUGAAGUUCUAGAAACGUUAAAAAGAAUAGACAGUGCAGAUUACGGAGUGCAUAAGUCAAUAGAAAUGGAAGACAGUGCAGAUUACGAAGUCCAUAAGUCAAUAGAAAAGGAAGACAGUGAUGCUUGGCUAUUGAGUAAUGCAGAAAACCUACCUUCACCGAAUUCUGUAAUGUAUAAAUGGGGCAGUAGCAAGUCCGCAACACCCACAGCCAGCAGAUGAGGCAGCACCGAAACAAAUGUAUACCAUAAACCAGAGUAAGUUCAUCUACGCUCUCAUAUACCUGUUUUCACUGCUAUGCAUACAGUUACAGAGACCAAGUUGUCUUUAAAUUUUGUUAUGAAAUAUGAGAUGUUUAUACAACUGAGAAAUACAGUGGAUUUCUCACAGAAUUUGUAACAAUGAGCCUUGAAACCAAUACACUUGCAAGUUGACUCGAUAUUA